AUGGUUUAUGGAGAUUGUGAUACCGCCCACUGCUUGGAAAGUCAUCUUGGUGUCGACAGAACAAGGGCUGAAAUUUUAGUGAGGUUUUAUCGGGAAAAUGUGGGUAAAGACACGAAAGAGUUCGUUUUCCCUUGUGAUCGGUGUCAAAAAGUGGACCCUGUUCGCAAAAUUAAUGUUGGAGAGUUUCAUCCUGUUCCUGUGCCAAAUGAAGUGAUGGACCAAACUGGUGUCGAUAUCACCAAUUUGCCGAAAACAGAUGAUGGUUAUUGUUGUUGCAAUGGAUUACUUUUCCAAAUGGCUAAAGGCUCGAAAGAUCACACAGCGGAAAGUGUUGGAAAGUUUCUCUUUGAGGAUGUUAUUUGUCAGCAUGGCUGUAUAAAAAUUCAGAUAAAAGACCAAAGAUGA